UAUAUAUAUGUGCAUAUACUGCAUGCAUAUGCAGCAAGCGUACCGGUGCAGCACAUGCAUAUUCCAAUUUGGAGUGAAAAUGAACUGAAAUUUUGUUUGUAAUUCUUCUUACAAUCUCACCGUUGCAGUACGUGUGAAAGUAAAAAUGAGUGCCGGAAGUAGUAGGCUAUCUGUAGCUUCACAAUUUUUUAUGGAAGAUGAUGGAGAAGGACAAACCGUAUCUGAUCGGGUUGUUGACUUGCUGCAACAAACCCACACUUUGCCCAGGGAUUCUCAGAAGAUAAACAACUUGACCCAAGUCCAGCAACUUAUUAUUGACAAGGAUCCUUCUCUACUUGAUAAUUUUCUUGAUGAAGUUCUUCAGUUUCAGUUUGAUGAUUCCAUAGAAGUAAGGAAAUUUGUACUCAGCUUUGCAGAAUGUGCCUGCAAGAAAGACAAUCAGAUUUUAUGCACAGUGUUGCCUCGUCUUCAUAUGAUGCUAACAGAAGCAAACCAACCUGCUGCGGUCAUCAAGAGAGUCAUUUUAUGUACCUCUCAACUGUUCAGAGUAACCAUCAAAUGGAUAGCCGGUGUGAAAGAUAUUCGAGAGGAGAUCGAGGCCGGCUGGGCAUCGCUGAUGUUGAUGAAGAAGAAAAUUGUAUCAGAGCUAUUAGAUGAUGAUAACGAUGGAGUGCGAACAUAUGCCAUCAAAUUUACAGAAAUGAUAGCCACUACCCUUUCUGCUAAGUCCUCUGAUUCAUUGGUACCAAAGAGAGCUGAAUCCGAUAUUACUCUUGAUCAGAUCCCAGAUGGUAACUCUCUCCUUAUCAAGAAGAAGUUGCAGCAUGAAGGAACACAUAGUUUGGAUGCUCUCUUGAGUCUCCUGGUGUCUGCUAGUAUAUCCAGUAUUAAUCUGAUGGUGUGCAUGGGUUCACUCACAUCUAUCGCUAAACAGAGGCCAGACUUUAUGCCCAAAGUCAUCCAAGCAUUUGAAAAUCUACAUGUGAAUCUCCCUCCAACGUUGUCGAAAUCUCAAGUAAGCAGUGUUCGGAAAUCGCUCAAGAUUCAGCUGUUUGGUCUUCUACGUCACCAGUCGUCAGUUGAUCUCAGACGUAACAUUGGUACUCUCCUUACUGAUUUAGGAGCUUCUGAAGUUGAGAUUAUCCGCAACACACCAAGGGUACUGGAAAGACCAAAGCGAUCUCGUAAUGAAGCAGAAGGUGAUCAAAGCACAAGGAAAAAGCAAAAGGUUCUUGAUGAUGAAGAGGAGGGUGGAGAAGGGAAGAAGAAAGACGAGCCAGGACCAAGUAAGAGGGUCACCAAAGCAACCGUGAUUGAUCUCUUGGCAGCCGAGGUUGAACCAUUGCUUCGUAACCAUGAAAACGUAGCAAACCUGGUUCUACUUAGUAUGGUCUCUUUACCAGACACAAUGCCAGCCACAUUCCAGGCUACCUACACACCCAUAGCAGCAGCAGGCACAGACACACAGGUUCAACAUUUAGCUAGGAUGGUCAGCAAUCAGCUAGCAGCUGCUGGUAUCAAACCUACCAAUUAUGAAAAUGUGGAGAUAGAAGAAGAGCAAGAACCUCCUGAGAAGAUGGAAGAAGAAGAUUUCACCACCAAAGGAAUUCCAGUCCUUGGAGGCAAAAGUGAACCAUCUAAGGAUGAAUCAAAGAAGAAAGCUCCCAUUGUGAUAGAGCCGCCGCCUACCAAGGGGGUGAAACGACCCAAACAUUUCAAAAUUCGCGAGGUUACGCAUCUCCUGUCCAAGGAUGAUGCAGAUAAACUGGCCCAUGGAGCUGUCAGGAGGAUCAUAGCUGCAGAAAAAGCUGUAGGCCAUGGUCCAGCCGCAAAAACAAGAACAAAGAUUCUAUCUGCACUUGUCACACAGUUUGGCGGUAACCUGUCUCAAUUGCUUGAGAAUCACAUCUUAGAGGACCUUCGUAGCCGCAGUGAUAUUGCUUUGGCCUGGCUCUAUCAGGAAUAUUCCAACAUCCAAGGUUACAUGCCACACACCCACGGUCAGGACGUAACAACACAGAGAUAUGAUAGUCUUCUCUGUAACCUCCUGAAGAGUUUACUUGUCAGGACAGAUCAAAGAGAUGGGUUGUUCAACAGACUUGUCAUGGAGGCACCAGUCAUCACAGAUGAUGCUCUUAAAGUCAUUAGACAGUUUUGUGAAGAUGAGACUCAUUUUUAUGCUGGUAUGCACGCCCUACGAGAGCUUAUUCUAAAGAAACCGGCAGACUUGGAGAAGUAUGUGAAGGAGCUGCUUGACUUGACCCAACAUGAGAGAACUGAAGUCAGGUCACAGGCCAUCCAGUACAUCAAGAGAUUCUAUGACAGAGCUGAUCUUAAACCACUUAUAGAGGAGUUUGCUACAUCGUUCCUGCGUAAGCUGCUGUUGAACAGACCACCAGCAGCCCUUGUCUUGCGUCUAGCUGAUCAGGAGAUGCAAGCCGUUGCUGCGAAAGCCUGGACUGAAGAGACUACUAAGAUGUGUCUUUAUCUCUACCUCGCUCUUCUUCCCGUUAAUCACAAACUCAUUCAUGAACUAGCUAAUGUAUAUGUAGCUGCCACAGCCGAUAUCAAGAGAACUGUACUUAGGGUCUUAGAAACACCGGUACGAGGUGUAGGUAUGUCUUCUCCAGAGCUACUCCUUUUAGUAGAGACCUGUCCUAAAGGAGCUGAGACACUCGUAACAAGAAUGAUGCAUAUUCUGACAGAUAAAACUCCACCAUCUAUUGAACUUGUAAAGCGAGUGAAGGAUUUGUAUCACAAGAGAGUAUCAGAUGUGAGGUUCCUAAUCCCAGUGUUAACUGGGCUUGAAAAGAAAGACGUAAUAUCUGCCAUGCCCAAGUUGAUCCGUCUGAACCCCAUCGUAGUGAAGGAGGUAUUUCAUCGACUUCUCAUGAGUCAUCAAGCAGAGAGUAGUGGGGGUCAAAGCCCUUUGACCCCAGCCGAGCUUCUUGUUGCUCUUCAUAACAUUGAUCCUUCAAAGUGUGAUAUGAAAUCUAUCAUCAAAGCGACCAGCCUGUGUUUCAGUGAGAAAUCAAUCUACACAGGAGAGGUGUUAGCGGUGGUGAUGCAGCAGCUGAUGGAACAAACCCCUCUACCAACCUUGCUUCUCCGUACCAUCAUCCAAUCUCUGUCCAUGUAUCCCAAACUCAAAGGGUUCAUCAUGAACCUCUUACUAAGACUCAUCAACAAACAAGUGUGGAAGACACCCAAACUCUGGGAGGGAUUCGUCAAGUGCUGUGAGCGAACGAUACCUCAGUCUUUCCAAGUACUUCUACAGCUUCCCCCACCUCAGCUGGCUCAAGUAUUUGAUAUGAGCAAGGACAUGAGAGUCAAGCUCUUGGCUCAUGUACAAAACUUCUCUUCCCAUCAGCAAGCCCAUGUUCCUAAGGCGAUCAUGAAAGUGCUCGAAACCGAUCCAGUGAAAGAGAGAGAGGAACAGGAGAGGAGAGAGGCAGAAGAGAAGAGACGGAAGGAGAAGGAGGAAGAGGAGGAGAGACUAAGGCAAGAAAGGUUAGAGAAGGAAAAACAAGAGGCCCUGGCUGCAGUAGAAGAGCAGGUGAGGAAGGAGGAAGCUGAGAAACGGGAAGCGGAAGAACAAGAGAGAGUGCAACAAGCUCUCAAGGCCCAAGAGAAGGCCGAAGAAGCAAGCACAGAUGCGGAAGAAACGCCUGUUGGUGGGGGUACACCAACCAAAGAUGAAACAGACGAAGAGAAAUCCAAGGAGCCAGAAGAGGCUACGCCAGUAAAAGCAGGUAGAGGAAGAGGACGAGGGAGGGGCGCUAAGGCAGCGCCAACUCCACCUGCUGCCGGUGUACGUCGUAGCUCAAGGAGGAAGUAGUAAUCUUGAUUGCUGCUCUAUUCACAAUAUCUGAACUGUAGUAACUACUUUGCAUUCAACUUCAUGUAUUACCAUUGUACAUUUUAACCUGCCUUAUCAAACAACUUUACAAGGGAAAGAAGAACACUUGUCUGUCUAUGGAGACCACACGUCUUUCCCUUGCUGGACAUUUGAAUGACAAUGGCUUAAUUUGCUGUACUUUGUCUUGUAUUAUUCAUGUAUAAGGUUAUAAGUUACCACAUUGAUCAAAUACUGGAAGUAGUAAAAGACCUACUACUUGGUAGUAAUUGUAUACAUUUUUACUUAAUAAAACAUGUCACAGUCUCCAUUAGGCAUUUUUCAUCGAACAGAUACAUUUAUACCAACCUGUGUACGUUGAUAUGAAUUUUUAUAUUGGUAUAUUGAUAAUUGGUAAAUUAUUUUAGAUCUUUGUAUAACUUUAUGGGCAUUAGGGUUGAAACCCUAAGCAAGGCAUGAUAUAACAAUUACAGCAAUGCCUGACUUGAACUUUGAAGUAACCCCCUUCCCCCCACCCAUCUGUCUAUUGCUAUUCCAAGUCAUUGUUUGUUUAGGGAAAGGCGGGGUAAGUUGAGCCACCACCCCCAGGCCAAUUAUGAAUGAGUCAGAGAUUGUGGUGGUGCCAUAUAUUGACACAUUGCAUAACCCCACCACAUUGUUUUCAACAUUGAAACAGAAAGUAGUUUUUUGAAGGGAAAAAUACAAAUUUCAGCCAAAAAAGUAAGAAAGUGUGAAAUAGAUAUGUGCAUUAAACCCACAUGCAUCUUAAAAUCUAAUAAGGACAUAAUAAGACAAUAUUGUUAGUCUGAUAUUGAUCCUCAUUCUUGUCAUAGUCAUAUUUACAUGAUGGGUGCAUGAAAAAUGUGUGGAUGCGAAAAUAUCUCAUGAAGUUCGGACUGGGGUAUGUUGAGCCAGAUAAUGUAUAUAAAAAUAAACAAAGGCUUUUGAUAUGCAGGCAGAAGGGACCAAAUUCACAAGACAGUUGUUUGACUUUUAGAGGAUGUUAGUAUUUAUAGAGAAUUAGCAAAUGAAAAAAAAAAAAGAAAUCGUCACACUUGUUCUUGCCCCAUAGCAUGUGUACAUGGUUUUGUGGCUCAACUUACCCCGAAUGUGGCUCAAGUUACCCCAUGGGUGGGGCAAGUAGAGCCAUUUGACAUCUUUUGUUUCAAAAGUGACAGUGCCUUUCGGUGUGGGGUAAGAAAGUUUCAUAUAAGUAAAUUAAUGUUUCCCAAGAAUUACAUUGUAAGGCAAGGUACUUAUUUUGACAAGAUUAUUAGUCAUACGAGUCCUAACAUGCCAAAAGCAAAAAAUGGCUCAUCUUAUCCCGCCUUCCUCUAUACAAUGUGCCUCAGAAAAAGGGGAAACUGGGAUUCCCAUGUCUUUUUGAUUCAAAGGAAAAUGAAUUAUGAUAUUUUAUUUACAUAAUCAUAUAAUUAAAUUAUUCCUCUUUAUUUUGAUACCUAAUAUGAGACAAACACUUCACGCAUUAAUGAGCAAGACAAGUUUGAAAUGUUUAUGUGAAAACCAGGUUGCGCAGAAAAAUUGUACAAGAUUGGUUCGUGAUACGACCUUGCAUAUUCGAUUGGCUCAUUAGCAUUUCUUUUGUAUUCUUUAAGCUUCUCUUACUGAUCCCUGAAAUGAGAUUGGAUUCAGAUUCACACAUGUUUCUGCACAAAUCAUUUCUGAUAUGCCUAAAUAUUUAUUGUUAGUAAUCUGACAUGUAUGAACAUUUGCUGAGCUAUUGGUUACAAAUGAGAGAUGAGAUUCCACUGAAUAACAAAUUUAUAGCAAAAACAUAUUCAAUUGUGAAAUCUAUCCUUGAAAAUGGGUUUCCUUUUUUGUUGGAUUCACUGUAUAAUUGCAUAAGUCCUGACACAGUUACCAUGUGGAGGAUAUGAAUGAAAAUGUGUGUAACAUGAUUUGGGAAUUAUGCACAAGAAAUUUAUUUUGAUCGGGCGCCAGAUCAAAUUCAAAUAUGAGCACGUUUUCUUUUUUAUGUAAAACAUAAUUCCAAAACAUGCAAUGGGCUGAACAUUUCAGGAUAUUAUCUUUUCAUGCAGCUCUCUGAAAUCCAAUCACUAAAUUUACAUGUGUGCCUAUGUUAUGGAGCCCCAGGUAACAUAGCAUGUUUAUUUACUUUCAUUACUCUUUACAUACCAACCCAUUCCCUAGACUUAACAAGUCAUUCCUUCUACUCAUUUAUUCACACAAGUGGGAACAUAUUAUUAAGUCGUGGGAUCAAGCAAGUUAGUCAACAGAAUGAGUUAUUAAGUUGUAGGAGCACUUUGUCAAUGAAACAAAUUUUUGAAACAUGCCACUUUGGUGGCUCCGUAGUACAGUACAGUAUGUUCCAGGUACAUCAUUAUCAAUUUGCCUUUUGGUUUCAAUUUUUUUCUUUCUUUUUCAUAUUGCCUUAAAUAUGUUUAUUUCAUUUACAUCCUAUCAGUGACUAUUAAAAACUUUUCUUAAGUUGAAGUAAUGACAAAUAUUUGUCCUUUGGUAAUGUGUGGCCCCCUUGUCAAAAAUGAAAUCAUGAUUUCGGUAAUGUACAUAUUUGUAAUUCAAAUAAAAUACUGGAUUGUA